AUGGAGGAAGCCACCAAUAAUAUGAAGACAGAGGAGAAUCCGGCGAAUGGUGAAGAAGAUGCCGUUACCAAGCGGCGGAAGAAGCUGUUUGGGGAUUGUGCAUUGAUCGAGAUCAUCCACUUGCAUGAUUGCCUUCGUGGGGCUACGUCCGCCCUAGAGAAAGAUGUGAAUGAACUCAGUCAAUCCGCCGGAUUAAAAUCGGAAUCACAGUCUCAGUCUCAGUCUAGCAUUGAGCAACUGGAGCGGCCACUACAGUUGAAGACACAAGGACGCGUGAAGCACCAUUCCCCACGCUAUGAACCCGGGGAAGCUGCCAGCAACAACAAUAAACCGGCCGCCCCCGAGGCUGUCAUUGAACAAUCCGAAUACGAGGAUGAUCACAAAUCAGAAGAGGUAAUGUUUGAAACAAUUGAUGCUCUUUUGGACAAGCUAAGAAAAGGCAUACUCGAGCAGAAAGAAGGUUCCACGGCCGUUUCAUCGGAAACUGCCAAAAGAUCCGCGGCUAUUCCAACGCGGACCGCUGGCGGCUCGGCAACCACAAUUCGCGACACGGCACUGGCUCUGGCACAACACACACAGUCCCUCUCCAAGCAUUUGUAUGAGCACUUGGAAAAGGAGGAAACGCAGUGCAUGCCACUCGUGGUCAAGCAUCUUACGAGGAGCGAAAUACACGAUCUGGUGGGAAACAUCAUGGGCAAGCGCUCGUCGGACCUGAUUGCACAAAUCAUGACCAUGGCCGUGCAGAAUCUCACAAAUAAUGAACGCGAAGAAAUGAUCAAGUACAUGAAACAGGCCAUGGAGGGAACUUUCUUUGACCGGUGGCUGGUCGCUGCCGGCUGGAUGCAAAAGCCAAAGGAAACGCAACCAACCGAUGCUGAACAGGGCACAAACUCGACUGAGACUCGAAAUGCAGCAGCCACAACAGCGUCUGCGGCAGAAACAGACAGUGUACCGACUCCUCCACAAAUUAUGUCCAGCUUGGAAUCCAAAAAGCGCCCUCCGGAAAGCCCAUUGAACCACGCGACAACUACUACAGACUCCAAGCGGCAGCACGUGGGAGGACAGCAGGAAUACUGCAUGCCCGCCACAUCAUCAGAUAAAACAGAACGCCGAAAUUCGUUGGAAGGCGCUCGCAUUACGGGGCAAGCAGAGCUAGAACAGCUUAUUCGUGCUGUGGCAUCCAACCCGUCCUUGACGCCAGUGCAGAAGAACACUACGAUCCAAGGUCUGCGGGACUCGGUUUGGAAAAGCAACCAAAGACAGCGAGAAAAGGGAGUUGGACAAACUUCGAAGCAUCACUUUGCGGAGCAAGCGAGUGUGGUCACAAGUGAUGUUGUGUCUGCUGCUGUGAGUGCAGCGAUGGUCAAGAUGCGAAGAGCCACACCGCCAUCAGUUUACAUGAAGAAAAAUGACGCGGGCAAGGUAGAGUUUGUCUGGAACAGCGAUUCUCCUUCGUCGAUUCCGCCAAGUGAAGCAUCCGUUCCGUUGUUUACCGCUGCAGAGCUGGCACCCACUUACCACGACGGAGCGACUGGUGCUGUGCUUGGUUGCCCCCACUACGCACGCGCCUGCAAACUAAGACAUCCCAAGUCUGGUCGUCUUUACACUUGUCGGUUGUGCUGUGAACAAGAUCGGGACAUGCCAAUGAAAGAUCAAGAUGAACCAUUGGAUCGGUAUGCUGUCACUGAAGUCAUGUGCAUGAAGUGCACUGGCCUGCAACCCACUGAUGACCGAUGCAACAACCCCAACUGUGAAUCCUACGGCAAGCCAUUUGCAAAGUACUAUUGCCGCAUCUGCCACUUGUACGAUGACCGACCCCACAAUGUCUUCCACUGUCCAUUCUGUAACACUUGCAGAAUGGGAAUGGGUUUGGCUUCAAGGAAGCUGCCCAAUCUGCCACGAGAGCAUGUUCUCUUCGACAGAGCCAUUGCGUGGUUUGAAGUGUGGCCACGUAAUGCACUUGUCAUGCUUCACGAUGUAUAG